GAAGAACGAGAAAGCGUGCGCAUGUGAGAGAGACUCAGAGACUACUAGAUAGAGAGAGAGAGAGAGGGAUAUAGUGAGAGAGUGAGAGAGACAGACAGAGAGAGAAGGCUGAAGCACAGAGUGAAGUAAAUAAAGAAAGACAGUAGUGGCGCAGUGCUUCUCUGUCUACUGUAGAUGUACAAUUCUGUUGUCUGUGGAGACAGUGUGAUACCAGGACUAUACAUUUGCUAUCUCACCCAAUUGUCUCCUAUCAGCUGGAUUUACUCAGAAAAGGACAUCAAUGACCAUUGGACCAUUUACUUGUUCACAAUAUUGCAGGCACUAAAGGUGGACUUUUAACAAGUGCAGUGACAAUGCAGGAGCAUCUCUCAGUCCAGCACAUGGGCACCAGGAGCACAAAGUUCUCCUAGUAGUGAGGUUUGUCCUGGGCCUCGUCCAAACUACCAUGCCUGACCUCCUGGCCAACCUGAGUGUUCCAUGGGGCACACAGGCGAUGGUGAGCCCCAACCUGACAGCAGCUGCCCUGGUUGUGCCGGGGUCAGACAAGACUCUGGCCCCCUUCUGCACCUUCUGCUGCUGUGGCCUGCUGAACCGUACCCUGGCUGUGGUGUUUAUGGUCAGUCUGGCCUUCGCCAUAGUGGUGGGCAACGUGGUCACGCUCACCGUCUUCAUGCAGACAAGACAGGUCCGUACACCACAGGGAUACCUCAAAGUCUCUCUGGCCAUAGCGGACAUGAUGGUUGGAGUGCUGGUGGUUCCUUUCUCUGUCUACACUGAGAUCUCUCUGAUGGUGACCAGUUCCCCUCCUGUCUGGUACCAGGGGGGCACUGACCCCUCCAUGGGGGGCCUGGUGGGCCCCUGGCAGCCCUGCAUGCUGAUUGGUCCAGUCUUCGCCGGCUGUACAUUUGUCUCAAUCAGUACUAUUUUCCUGAUGACGGUAGAGCGCUGUGUGGCCAUCUUAUGGCCCCUACAUAAGGACCACCUGGUGACACGGAGACGCACCCUGUUUCUCAUCCUCUUCUCCUGGGCAGGCAGUUUCCUCCUGGCCCUGGCCCCCCUCAUCCUCAGUAACAACUUCACACUGGAGUACAGUGAGUGCAGCCGGAUGUGUAACUACGUCCCCCUGUGGGAUGGAGUCACGCUGCCCUCUGACGCCAACAUCCUCCUGCUGUUCCCUGUGUUUGACUUCACGCUGCUGGGCGGCACCCUGGUAUUCAACAUCCUGUCCUUCACCAGCAUUCGCCACUACACACGCAAACGUAAGCUCAUGUCAGAGGGGAAUGUAGGGGUGGAGGGAGGGGGAGGCGGCUGCCAACAUAGACCCUCCUUCUCUGACAUCAAGGCCGCCAAGACGAUCAGCAUUCUGACGUUUGCCUUCACGGCUUCCUUCACCCCCAUCGCUGUGUUUGUGCUGGGCAAAGUGGUGGGCUUCACCUGGUGCAACUUCUCCUUUGUAGCCUUCUGGAUCCUGACUGGGAACAGCUGCUGUAAUGUGAUAAUAUACAGCGUGAGAGACCAGCGCUUCAAGAAAGGAGUGACUCUGCUUUUUCAGAGGGAGCACUCACCUUCCCAUGGGGAGAAAGGCGGAGCUACACCACCCCCACCUACCUUGUGACUACACCCCAAAACCCCACCUCCUCUAUUUUGAAAAGACAACCAGUGCCCUUUCCUUUAACUUUACUAUGGAGAGAGGGAUUUAAUCGGCAUUUAACUUCAGGUAAAACAACAACAACAAAAAUACACAAUUAUGGAAAAUGAAUUGUUUCCAUUUUUUUUUCACUGUGUUUAAAUAAUGAAACAUAACUGUAGCUAACCUAUGCGGUAUCUAGUAGUUGCCAGUUAUUCCCAGCAUCAUUUAAAUCAUAUGACUCAAGCUGUCUCAUUGGACUAGGUGAGAUAUCUGUGGGGGAUAUCUUAAUAACAUGCACUUUAUCAUAGAGUUGUAAGUAAUGUAUGGUUUUCAUUUGUUUUGUGACAUGUUUUGUGACUAUCCUGAAACGUGUUAAUUUUGCACAAUUUUCUCUAUAACAGCUUUUAUUUUUGCUAUAAUACCAUUAUAUUCAUGAGGAUGGCCCAAUCAAAUGUGAGUGAAUGAAAUGAAUCUAAAUGAAGAGUAAUGUUGAUUUUUUAUAAAGUUAUGGGCAAAUCCACGGGUCCAUGAUCUGUACUACACAGACAUGCAUAAUUAUGGAUAUGAAUGUCAUUCUCUUCAAUGUAAUGUAUCCUGAAUAGGUUCACAAAGGUUUACAUAUGCAAUAUCCUCUUUUGCAUAUUCAUGUAUUAUUCUACACACUGGAUAUUAUUUUAAUUAGCUCCGCCCCCAAACAAGACCAAAUGAAAUCUGAACCAAUCAUAGAUGUCUUUGUUUCACAAGUUUAGACAUCAAAGUACAGCAGAGCACAGUAGAGUACAAUACAGCACAGUAGAGUACAAUACAGCACAGUAGAGUACAAUACAGCACAGUAGAGUACAAUACAGCACAGUAGAGUAGAAAUCAUUACAGUAGAGUUCUGUACAGUACAGUACAGUACAGUACACUAUAGUGUACUCAACUGUAGUGUGCCCUACUGUGUACUGUACUAAACUCUACUGUACAGUACUGUACUAAACUAUACUCUACUUUUCUGUACUGUGCUGUGUACUGUGCUGUGCUGUCCAAACUUGUGAACCAAACUGUGAUUUGUGACUACUAUUUCAAGGCACAAGGCAAUGUUUCAUAAACUUACAGAAGGCAGAAACAUUUCUCCAACGCGAAAUAUGUGAUGAUAUUAGUUGGCAGGGGUCAUUUCUUCAACAUUAUUGUGUUUUGAUGUAUUUCUGAUGCCAUUUUAAGACUUUUUCUGGUAGUUUUCAAAGACCCCUUUUCCAGAAAUUCAAAGCACUUGCUUAUUCCUAAUUUCUAAGAUGGAAAAUGGUUAAAAAAAAUAUAGACUCUUAGCUUUCAUUUGACACCCAGUCUGACAUGCUCCUAUGACCUUUACAUGUUGGUGUUCAUGGGCCCUUAUACAUGAAAAUGACCUUAUUCAUCGUAUGGAUGCCAGUGUACACAAGGAAAAAUGUAUCUGAAUGGUACAACAAGCAAAAAUGAAUACGAAACAUAAAUGAAACAUUUAUAAAUUCACUGAAAUAGGCAUAACGAUUCAGAUGCCUUAUCUUAUGUUUUGAGGGUGAAUGACCCACAAAGACCAAAUCCUCUGUUUAAUCUGUUCUGUUUAGCGGCUGUAAAGUUACACCAUUAGAGAGGCUACAUUUACCUCUGAAUAUUCUCAUACCAUUAUAUGUUGUUUAUAAGAUUACUAGUAUUAUUCAAGGAAAAACAUGCUCCAGAUAUUUACAGCAUGUAUACAAUGUUGAUCAAAUAAAUGCUAAUCAAUUUAUUUAAAUUCAAAUAAUAUCUAACUCGAAAUUACAUGACUAAAGUAAACAUUUUGUAGCAUUUUCAAUAAACAUCACUCAAAGAAAUCAGGAUCAUUUCCACAUGAUUUGUACUAAAUAGCUGUUUGGUACAUUUUGUCACAGUGACGAUGAUAUUUUAUGAAAAUAAAAUAUCUGUUUUGAAAUAUUUUACAAGCUUAGAGACUUUGGUUUAUGUACAAUGUGAACAUUGCUGUGUCAAUAUGUAAGCACUGUACAGAACUUUAUCAGUAUUGCAUUAUUCAUCAGAUGACGUCAGAUUUAGUCAUAAACGCAUUUGGAAACACUUGA